AUGAGAAAAGACUCUGUUAUAGCAAAUAUUGCAGAAGACCUUGGAUUAGAUAUUAAAAAGCUCUCAUCUAGAAAACUGAGAAUUGUAUCACGUGUAUCAGAGAAAUAUUUUUAUAUAAAUCUAGAUAAUGGAAAUCUGUACAUUAAAGACAGGAUAGACAGAGAGACACUGUGUGGGGCAGCAGCUACCUGCUUCCUAACCUUUGAUGCUGUGGUUGAAAAUCCCUUUAAAAUUUUUAAGGUCAGAAUUGAAAUUCAGGAUGUAAAUGAUAACUUUCCAUAUUUUUUCCAUAACACAAUUAUUUUGGAAGUUAUUGAAUUUACAUCACUAGGAGCCAGAUUUGUACUACAAAAUGCAGAAGACCCUGAUAUUGGUAUGAAUUCAGUACAGACAUACAAGCUCAGUGACAAUCAGCAUUUUACACUGAGUGAAAAAAUCAGCAGUGAUGGGAGUAAAUCUCCAGAACUUGUAUUAGAGAAACCUUUAGAUCGAGAGACACAAAAUGUUCAUGAAUUGAUUUUUACAGCCUUGGAUGGAGGAAACCCAGUGAAGUCUGGGACUGCUUUGGUAAAGAUCAUUGUCACUGAUGGUAAUGAUAAUGCUCCUACAUUUACUCAGGACAUGUAUAAAGUCACCCUAAAAGAAAAUAUUCCAAUUAACUCCACAGUAAUUGUACUAAAUGCAACUGACAGAGAUGAAGGGAUAAAUGCAGAGAUCACAUAUUCUUUCACUAAAACCUCAGGAGAUCUUCAUCAUACAGGGAUUUUUAGUAUUCACCCUAUACAUGGUGACAUAAAAAUAAUUAAACAUUUGGACUUUGAAGUAAUAACGAACUAUGAGCUCUCUGUACAAGCAAAGGAUGGAGGUGGUCUUGUUGCUCAUUCCAAGGUAUUGAUAGAAGUAAGAGAUGAAAAUGACAAUGUUCCAGAGAUAUCUAUCAAUUAAUUCUCUACUCCUAUUCCUGAGGAUUGUGAGCCAGGUACAAUGAUAGCUCUGAUUGAAGUUCAUGAUCUAGAUUCAGGAGAAAAUGGAGAAGUUGACUGUAAUAUUAUAGAAGAAAUACCUUUUGUUUUAAUGUCAUCUGAAGGUUAUUAUAGUAUAGUUUUAAGAACUAAUUUGGAUAGAGAGAAAGUAUCUAGCUAUAACAUCACAGUAUUAGCUACUGACAGAGGAUCUCCCCCACUUUCCAGCAGAAGAACAAUCAAAUUGGAUAUAUCAGAUAUUAAUGAUAAUUCACCAAUAUUCAUUAAAUCUACUUAUGUUGCUUUUGUGCCAGAGAACAACUUACCUGGAGCCUCAAUAUACAGUGUACAAGCAUCAGAUCCUGAUACUGGAGAUAAUGCUAAAAUAAUUUAUUCACUAUUCAGCAAUAAUACAGAUGAUCUCUCAAUAUCUUCUUAUCUCUCCAUGAAUAUAGAGACUGGUGUUCUCUAUGCUCAAAGAACAUUUGAUUAUGAGCAGCACAAGGAAUUUCUAAUACAAGUAACUGCUAGAGACAAUGGAUUCCCAUCUCUGAGCAGUAAUGUAAUGCUAAUUAUCCAUAUAAUGGACCAAAAUGAUAAUGCACCAAAGAUCUUGUACCCAUCAGCAGACAGUGGUGGCCCAGCUGUGUUUGAGA